AUGUUGCAGUGGACAGUACUGAAGCUGCCAGAGGCUGAGCAGAGAAUUCACUACUCACAGCGAGCUACCAUGACAGAUUUGGUAAAUCCCUAUAAUGAAGAGGAUUGCUCCAGCCAGUCAUCUGGAUCAUUAUCAAGUUCAUCACAUUCAUUCAGCACAGAAGAGACUAAAGACAAAAAAGCUCAUUCGCCACGUUCUAAAUAUCCAACAAUCAGUCCAAGAACUAUGCUGCAAAAACUGGAUAUAGCUGAGAAAAAUGUACAGACGAAAUGUCCUGACGAACCUAAAGAAAAAGACAUAAAAAAGCCAGAGGAAGAGGACAAACCCAGUAAUUAUUAUGUGGUUUCCAGAGAGUUUGUAGACAUAUUGUCUGAUGCCACAGCGGACACAGAAGAUUCAGACUCUCUUGGCUCAGCAUUACAAGAAAUAAUUGACUCUCCACCUGCAGAAAAAACAAACAAACUAAAAAGUAAACUGAAGGAGUUAGAGAAUGUUACACUUAACAUUGCUAUAACCGGGAUGACAGGGGCAGGGAAGUCUUCCUUCGUCAAUGCCAUCAGAGGCCUUCCUAAUGAUGAUAAGAACGCAGCUCCCACAGGAACAACUGAGACUACCAUGAAGCCCAGCAUGUACCCUCAUCCCUCCAUGCCAAAUGUGAAGAUCUGGGACCUGCCUGGAAUUGGUAGUCCAAAAUUUCGAGCAAAGAAGUACCUGAAAGAAGUCAAUUUCCACACGUACGACUUCUUUCUCAUAGUGACCUCUGAAAGAUUUAAGGAAAACGACAUAGAGCUGGCUAGAGCGAUCAAGAAGAGCAAGAAGCUAUUUUAUUUCAUUCGCACUAAAAUUGACAACGACAUUCGCGCUGAAUCACACAAAAGAAACUUUGAUGAGCGGAUGUUGCUCGAAAACAUCCGAGAGGACUGUAAGGCGAACCUACUGAAAGUCGGAAUACCCAAAAUAUUCCUAGUGUCUUCAUUUAACUUGGAAAAAUAUGACUUUCAGAAGCUGAUCAGCACCCUCGAAGAUGAACUUCCUGAGAACAAGAAAUUUGCUCUCAUUCAGUCUUUGCCCGUUUAUUCUCUUGAGGCCCUCAUAAAGAAGAAAACAUACUACAAGAAACUUAUUUGGCUAAACGCCUUCGCGGCAGGGGUCGGGGCGAUAGCUCCCAUCCCGGGAUUGUCACUGGUCUGUGAUUAUGGCAUCAUAAAGACGUUUUUUCAGCAAGUCUUUGUGGGCUUUGGCUUAUCAAAUCAGGCCCUAAAGGCCCUAUCAGAACGAGUGAACAAACCGUUGGAGCAACUAAAAGCCGCUAAGACGUCACGCUUCAAAGAUGGAUCCACUGAGGAUAUUGUGAUAGAUAUGCUGUCUAAACCAAUGAUUGCUAUAGCCAAGACACUGGGGACCAUACUGGCUCUGCUGCCAGGAGGAGCUCUACCAGCAGGAGGAACGGCUAUUGCUUCAGUGCACUAA